UGCAAAAAUAACAGACAGCUUCUGUUGACCCUAAGUAGGAGGAAUGUCUCACUGUGGUAAGCCUUAUGAUUCCUCGGAAUUUGUGUUCCUGAUAGCAACAUGGGCUUUGGCCUGUUUUUCUUGGCAUUUAGACUUGGCAAGCUUACACUACUCAAGCUGAUAACAUAAAGAUAAAUAUCUGCCUUACACCAAUUUUCGGAGUUCAUAGACUCAUAGAAUAUUUGAGGUUGGAAGGGACUUCUGGAGACUGUCUAGUCCAGCCCCCCCAUCUCAAAGCAGGGUCAGCUAACAGGUUGCCCAGGACUGUGUCCAGCUGGGUUUUGAAUAUCUCCAAGGAUGGAUACUCCACAGUCUCUCAGGAACCUGUUCCAGUAUUCAAUCACAUUACAGUAAAAUUUCUUUCUUAUGUUUAAACAAUUUCCUCUAUUUCAUUUUGUGCCCAUUGCUUCUUGUCCUGUCACUGAAUAGUACUGAGAAGAGUCUGGCUCUGUUUUCCUUACAUCCUCCCAUCAGAUAUUUUUACACAUUGACAAGAUCCACCCUGAGCCUUCUCUUCUCAAGGCUAAGCAAUCCCAGCUGUCUCGGCCUCUCCUAAUUUGUCUCAUGCUCCAGUGCCUUAAUCAUCUUCAUGGCCAUUUGCUGGACUUGCUCCAGUAUAUUCAUGUCUGUCUUGUACUGGGGAGCCCAGAACUGGACCCAGCACUCCAGGCGUGGUCUCACCAGGGCUGAGUAGAGAGGAAAGAUCACCUCUCUCAACCUGCUGGCAAAGCUCUUCCUAAUGUAGUCCAGGAUACCAUUGGCCUUCUUUGCUACAAGAGCACAUUGCUGGCUCAUGUUGAUUUGGCGUUCACCAGGACCCCCAGGGCCUUUCUCUACAAAGUUGCUGGUCAGUCCCCAGCCUGUACUGGUGUAUGGGAUUAUUCCGCCCCAGGUGCAGGACUUUGCACUUCUCUUUGUUGAACUUCAUGAGUACCCCCAAAAAUGCCAUAUUGGCUGUAUCGGGGGAGAAUAAGCACAGUUUUUGGAAAGAGGAAUUCUGCCUCACAAACUUAUGGGCAUUUUUUGAAGGCCUUAACAGACGUGUGGACAAGGGAAAUCUGAUUGCAAUAGUCUGCUUAUAUAUCCAAAAAGCUUUUGAGAAGGCUCUCCACCAAAACCUCUUAUGGAAACAAAGCAGUCAUUGGAUAAGAGGGAAGGUCUUGAUAUGAGUAAACGUUUAAAAGAUGGAAAAACAAAAAUUGCAAUGAGCAGUUGGUUUUAACAGUGGUAGACACCGAUAGAGUCCCGCAGGUAUCUGACCUGUGACCUAUGGUGUUUAGCAUAAAUGACCUUGAAAGGGAGUGCAAAGGUAAGCAAAAAAAGUCUGAUGACAAUGAAGACUAGUAAAAACAAAGGUUGAUGAUAAAACACUGCAGAAAACCUUCACAAAAGUUGCUGACUGGACUUGGCAGAUGAGAUUUGAUGUAGAUAAGUGAAAAGGGAUAAGAAAAAUGAUAUGAUAGGCCCCGAGUAAUCUAAUGAUCAUCACUAUUCAGAAAUCAAAACUUGUGGUUAAUAAAUAGCCACCUCAUUGCUCAAAAGGCAUUUGAAUGUUAGAAAUUAUUAGAAAAGAAACAGAAAACACUUCAGAAAGUAUUGUCAUUAUGUAAACCCAUGGCGUUCCUGCAUGUGCGCUGUUGAAUAUUAUGUACGAUUUAGCUCCCUUUACAUCAGAAAGGAUACAGUAGAACUGGCAAAGGUUUGGGGAGGGCAACAAGAAUGCUCAAGGACUUCUGUAUGGUAAGCAACAGAGCAGGCUAGGAGUUGUGGUUCUAGAAAGAGAAUGCCAGUGGGGAUAUGACAUGGGGAUAUGAUCAUGAGAGGCAGGGAGAGGGUGAAUUGCAAAGGGGCUUUCGUUGCCUAUUCUACUUCAAGAAGUAGCAGGUAUCCAAGAAGGCUAGCAAACUGCAGGUUCAAACCAAACCAAAGGAAUUUGUUUCUUUUCCCAUGCUGUACAGUUAAGCUGGGGAACGCUGUGCUCCAGGAUAUUUUGGUUUACAUAGGUUCAAACAGGUUCAGCAUACUGAGGAUUCCUAAUAUGCAUCUCUGAACUGUAAGAGUGUUUCAGAAAAUAACACUGUGAUUACCCAGUUCUUAAUACCCUUCCCCGAGGCAUUAAAAUCUGUUUUUGGCCAUUGUUGCAGAUGGGUUACCAAGUGAGAUAGAUCUUUGGUCUGACCCAAGACUGUUGCUCUUAUGUUCAACAAUCUGAAAGUCUGUUUCUGAGCGUUAGGAAGAAAAAGAAUGUUGAGUUUUGUAACAGAAAUGUUAAGACUGCUAUGAAGGGAAGAGAGUGCGUGUGUGCGUGUGUGUGUGUAAGCACUAGAAGAAGGUGUUCUUCAAAAAGCUUGUUAUGCCUAAACCAAGAAAGGAUCAUGGGCUCUGGCAAGUUAAAUGUGAAGACAAAGUAAGGCAGGGCAAAGAAGAAUUUGAAGAAUGAUUUGCAUGAAGCCAUCAAAACUAUUAAUAAUUUCCAUCUUCAAUCACAGAGAGGGACUUCCGGAGACUGUGUAGAAACAGAAGAUGAUCAAGGUAUAAAAGGUGUACGCAGAGAUGAUGAAGCCAUAGAGGGAAGGAUAUGAAAGGUUUGUCAGAAAAUUAGUUCUUUUUCGCCAAACAAGAAGAACCCCAGAGACAAUAUGAGGAAUCAUUAGCCAGUGUCCCUUGUCUUCUGUGUUGUAUGCAAGUGACCCUGGCCAGAGCAGCUGGGCACAUGUGUCUCGGUGCUUGUGAGCAUGUGUUGUGUGAGUGUAAGUGAAUGAACUCUAUGAGAGAAUGCAUGUGAGUGGGUAAAAUGAAUUCGUUUAGAGAUGUGGUAAAUAAAUUUGCCCCAGGUCUUGCACUGAGUUCUGUUGCACUGAUUUUCUACAAGAGCAUAAGAGAGAUUGUUACUUGGUUCUACAGCAAAGUACUGCAGUGAGUUUAAAACCAGCACCCGAAAUAUUGUUGGUCCCAAAAAGCUGAGGUGAACUUGCCAAUUCCUUUUCUCAAGGCUUCAAACUUGGCCACAGUCAGUAGCAGGCUGUUACAAGAGGGCAAGUUUGGCUUGAGAGCCUACAGAUGAAGGACAUUUCAUUAUGACUGUCUGUAAUCAUUCCACAGACCUUGUCAGUAAGUGUAGCAUUUUAUGGAUAUGUUAAUUUCCUAAUCAUACCAUUUCUGCUGAUCUCACCAAGGGAGUCAUUAAGCCGGAUCCCAGAUCUCCAGACUUUGUACAGGGUGGCGGUAGACAAGACUCAGUUGCUUUCAGUUUCGUCUUUCCCAACCGUGUCUGCAGUGUCUACUUAAGCAGCAUCUGCAGCAUCUACAGCUCCUCCGCAAAAGGACAAGGAGCUGGAAAAAUCUGACUUUUAUCUUUAUCUUACCUAGCAGCAAUCUAUUCCUAAGCAAUUUAGGAAAAAGAUUUAAGAAAACUGGGAGAGUGAAGGAGAAGGCUGUCAUCCAGUGAAAGAGCACCUAUCCAGCUGACACCUCAGGCUGACUUUGUCUCACACAUCAAACCACCACCUGCCUUGGUUAUAAGGAAGGGAUGAAGGAAGGUGAAAGAUACUCGGACAGAAGAAGCCAGCACAGAACUAAGAGCAGUAUGAAGGAAAGAUAUCUUCAGUCAAAGAGAACCCUCCAGGAGGAGCAACUCAUCAAAAGAGCAGAGAGGGAGCCUCUCCUGACACGCUACCUACAUCUACUGGAAGCACAAAAGAGCAGUCCCUCUAAAAGCCACAAGAGCAACGCUCUCAUUCCGCGAUGCACUAACUGCUUGAGGAAAGACAUCCAAGUCCUUCAGGAUUUCAUCAGGGUGCAUGAAUCUUCUCAAGAUGUUGUUGCCCGUGAAGAAGUUGUUAUCGUCAGUGAAGACACUGAAGUUUGCAAACCCAUGCCACCAAAGAGAGGUAAACUCUCUGAGGAGGUAGCCCAAAUGCAACAACACAGAAGACCACCAGCAAGCAGGGAUUCUCCAUCAGCCCAGCACAUAUACAAUAGGGAGUCUCUAGGUGGCAGGGCAACGUCUGAAUUUUCAGACAGAGUGACUGAACCAAAUAAUAUGUAUCAUCUUGCUGAAGAUUUUAGCAUGAAAGUGUAUUGCUUUACCGCAUUUCAUCUAGCUGUAUCAGUGGGACUUCUAUGCUGGACCAGAGUACUCUGGAAGCUGCAGAAGUAUUUGUGGCUUUUUCUUACACCCAUUGUGGCUAUUACCAUCCUGCAUACAAUUUGCAACAAAAUGUUUUUAGAAGAUGCCACUUACACCUUCCUAGGGACAGUAAUUGGAAGUAUGAUACUUGGAAUUAUUUCAGAGUCCCAUGAUACAAUGACUUUAAUGCAAGUUGGAGGAAUAACCGCGUUUGCAACCCUGUUACUGAUUGUACUUGCUCUGAUGACAAAAAAAACCCUGACAAGCAUGAACAUAUCAAUCGUAUCAAGCAUCCUGCUGAUUAUCGGAGCAGUUGUUCAUAUCCUUAUAAAUUCAUCUAAGUUCCAGGUUAUAUAUGCUGCAUUUGGAACUCUGGUCUUUGCUACUGAUUUGAUGAAGACGGUAGCUGAGCUUGAAAGACAACCCACAGAGGAUCAUGCCUCCAUGAAUUAUACUCUGACAGCACGGACACUUUACAUACAUAUUGCUAUGUUAUUCUUCUUUACUUUGCUGUUAGUUGAUGACAAACCAUUACACUCUCUUCUUUCAUUCGUCUACUAAUGGAAGGUACGUGUCAGCUCAGACUAAUCACGCAUUCUGGCAGGGAGAUUACAGGAUGCAUUUUUGUAUAACAGUCUUCUUGUAGACAAAAAAUUGUCUUAGGGAAUUAUAGAAAUAGGUAUUAAAAGGGCGGGGGGGGGGGAAGGUUGAAUGUGGCAUAAUAUACUAUGCUAAUCUAUAAGAUAUGUUACCUCGCUGAUGAGAUGGUGUCACCCCAAGCCUUAGGGUCACUCUCAUGAAUGAAUGAAUGAAGUCACAUUUAUUGCCAAAGUGCAACUCAGAAUUAAUAACGAGAGAACCCCACAUGAAAAGCUUGCAGACUGCAGAGAAAGGAGAGAAGACAAAACAUUUGAGGGGGUCGCUCUGGUUGCUGUAAAGAUCUUUUAAGAGUCAUUAUUUUUACAUUCUGAUGCUUGUUAACUUAAUUAAGAAGAAUCAAUCAGCUAAACAAAAAUCAGGAGGAAGUGGGAGAAGGCAGAGCUAGGUCAGAAGGCCAGGAGUGAAGUCACCUUCACCAGUUCCCAUUACUGCAACACACUGAACAUGAGCAUGCAUCUGAAAUAUAUGUAGCAACUAAAUUUAUCUGAGAUUUAACUCUGCAUUAGCAGUCAUGCUAGCCUGGUGCUACAUGCUGAUUUUGAAGUUAUUAAGGAUGCAGCAUGGCCCCUACUUUUCUGAAACCUCCUCAAGCCACUCGAUAAUAGUUAUGGCCACUUGAACUAGAAGCCUCUAAAGCAACCAGAGACAUUUUUAGCUAUUGACAGAAUCCCUUAAAUUCAGCAUUUAUCCCCUUAAGGCUGACUAUUCUUUGUUGUAUUUGAAGAGAGGAGAGCUGAGGCAGCAAACUGAAACCGAUGUAUCUGGUUCUUGCUGUCACAGGUCCCACUGUAUUAAACAUCAUCAAUAAUUGAGACACUUUCAAAAUGUAUUUUGAAGUAAACUGAAGCUUUCCAUGAUGUUAAAACAUAACUCUAGUGCAACUUUUACAGACUUUCACACAAUGUACUAAAACUGAUUUGUGGGUUCUGGGUGCUAUGGUCACAUAAGUCAAAAAAAGCUGAAAAGAAAGAUCUCUAAAGCUAAAUAUAAGAGCAUGUUUAGAGGAUCUGUAUUCCACUUACAUCUCUUAUGCUACAUAGGCAGCAGGAAACACUAAACACAGGGAAUUUGGGUCAUCUAAGCACACCUUAUAGUGUUUUGAUCUAUUUGGCUUGUAAAAUGUUUAGUGCAUAGAAUUUUAAUAUGAACUAUAUGGUUUCUAUUCAGUGGAAUACCUUUAUAUAAACUCUGGUAUUUUUCCAGUUUUGCUAUUUAAAUAUUUUCAUUCAUAUUCUGAGGCUAUCAAAGUAUAAGAUUAGUCUUUCCCUUCAGCAGCAACUGUUUUUUUAAUUUAGCUCCUCUGAUGAUUUUGGUUUUUAUUGUCAUUAACUGCAAAGAAUGAAAAAAGAAUCUGAGCUCAAAUUUAAGAGGCUAGGCUAAUGCACAGCUAGUAACAACAUCAAACUCAAAUCACGUGUCAGUGUUGGCUUGCUCUGGAAAUAAGAUAUAUUUCUGCCGCGAGGAGGCCAGGAUGGUAAAGUCAAAUAACAUUAGUUCCUUAAUCUGUGUCCAGCUUAACAAGAAAUUUAUCUCCACGUGUAAACAAAGUUCAGCAGAAAGCUACAUAGGUGCACAUUUUUUUGUUCAGCUGAACAAACUUUGUUUAAGAGAUGACAGUUAAACAGACUACAGCCAUAUUGCACAGACUGCCAGGAAAAUAGUGCAACAGAAAACUGUUAACUGCAUCACUGAUCAAGUUUAGACCCUCAAAGUGUUUAUUUGAAACUAGCCUUAAGUUAUUUUCAGGAAAUAAACACGAAUUUCAGUCACAGUUAAACAAGUUAUAUAAAGUGCUGGAUGAUUAGAAGUAUGGAUUGUAACUCAUUUUCUGGAAAUAAGUUAGAAAAUAAAAGCACUAAAGGCAACUUUAAGUCAUUCAUUUGCUCACUGAACUGGAAGAUGACAUGAGAUUUGCAGCUUUUUUUCCCCCAAACUGAGCAAUAAUGACUGAAGAAUGGAGCACUGAAAAGACGCAUCAAAUAGAAAGAGAACUUCCACUUUAAAGAUCAGAUAUAACUUAAAAUAAGUAAGUACCACAGUCCAUGAAGUAACCUGAACAUUUUAUAAUUUUUUAACUUCUUGUAUGGGGUUUGCAGACCUGAGAAUACACCCAAAAUAACUGGUCCAGAGUAUUCCUUUUUAAAAAAAUUAUAAAUUAUUGGUAACAGUUUCUUUAAUGGAGAUUGCUGGAGUAGGUCCCACAUGAGUCCAUAUGUAGCCUUUCUCUGGUCUUGUAGGAACAGUAGGGAAGGGAGAUGAUCGAGAUUUGAAAUAUUCUGAAGGUGCAUGACAAACAAAUUCUAAAUAUUCCAUUUU